UCCAUACAAGUGUUUUUGUUUGUCACUAUCGCGGCGCUUGGAAAUAAACCAAAAUAAUAAGGAAAUAGUUGGAAAACAUCUCCGAAAUGUCCUUUCUGCGCGGCUCCGUGAGCUAUGUGUGGUGCACCACCAGUGUCCUGGGCAAAGGAGCCACCGGUUCCGUUUUCCAGGGGGUCAAUAAGAUCACCGGCGAAUCGGUGGCGGUUAAGACCUUUAAUCCCUACAGUCACAUGCGACCGGCGGAUGUCCAGAUGCGGGAGUUCGAGGCCCUAAAGAAGGUCAACCACGAGAACAUAGUGAAGCUGCUGGCCAUCGAGGAGGAUCAAGAGGGUCGUGGCAAGGUGAUCGUGAUGGAGCUCUGCACCGGCGGCAGUCUCUUUAACAUCCUAGACGAUCCGGAAAACUCGUACGGACUGCCGGAACAUGAGUUCUUACUGGUGCUGGAGCACCUCUGCGCCGGAAUGAAGCAUCUGCGGGACAACAAGCUAGUGCAUCGCGAUCUCAAGCCCGGAAAUAUCAUGAAGUUUAUCUCAGAGGACGGGCAGACCAUCUACAAGUUAACAGACUUUGGUGCUGCCCGAGAACUGGAGGAUAAUCAGCCUUUUGCCUCGCUGUACGGAACCGAGGAGUACCUUCAUCCCGAUCUCUAUGAGCGUGCUGUGCUGAGGAAGUCCAUUCAGCGAUCUUUCACCGCCAAUGUAGACCUGUGGUCUAUUGGGGUUACUUUGUACCACGUGGCCACUGGCAAUCUGCCUUUUAGACCCUUUGGGGGAAGAAAGAACCGGGAGACCAUGCACCAAAUCACAACCAAGAAGGCUUCCGGGGUUAUUUCCGGCACUCAGCUUUCCGAAAAUGGACCCAUAGAGUGGUCCACCACCCUGCCACCGCAUGCACAUCUUUCGCAGGGAUUGAAAACCCUGGUGACUCCUCUCCUAGCUGGCCUUCUCGAGGAGAACAGGGAGAAAACCUGGUCUUUCGAUCGGUUUUUCCAUGAGGUGACGCUUAUAUUGCGCAAGCGCGUCAUCCAUGUGUUCUUUACCAAUCGCACUAGUUCUGUGGAAGUAUUCCUGGAGCCCGACGAGCAGAUUGACAACUUCCGGGAGCGCAUUUUCCUGCAGACCGAGGUGCCGCUGGAGAAGCAGAUCCUACUGUUCAACAACGAGCAUCUAGAAAAGAAGGUCACUCCACGAACCAUAGCAAAAGCAUUCCCUAUUACCACCACAGAGCAGCCCAUAUUUCUGUACAGCAACGACGACAACAAUGUUCAGCUGCCCCAACAAUUGGAUCUACCCAAGUUCCCCGUGUUUCCUCCCAAUGUAUCUGUGGAGAAUGAUGCCAGCUUGGCUAAAUCCGCUUGCAGUGUUGGUCACGAAUGCAAAAGACGCGUGGACAUCUUCACUUCCAUGGAUAUACUUAUAAAGAAGGGAGUGGAGCACUUCAUAGAGAUGCUAAUAACCACGAUUACUCUUCUUUUGAAAAAAACCGAGAGUUUUGACAACUUGCUUUCCACGGUGAUUGACUAUGCAGAUGUGGUGCACAGCAUGGCCAGAGUGACAAAGGGGGAUCAGGAGUUGAAGACCCUGUUGACUGCCUUGGACAACGUGAAAAGCGACUUUGAUGGCGCUGCCGAUGUGAUCUCACAAAUGCACAAACAUUUUGUCACAGAUGAUGAACUGAACGACCAAUGGAAUUCUUCAAUGCAUGGAAAGAAGUGUCCUUGUAGGACCAGGGCCAGUGCCCAGGCCAAGUAUCUUGUGGAAAGGCUGCGGGACUCCUGGCAGCAUCUGCUGCGAGAUCGUGCUACGCGUACGCUGACCUACAAUGAUGAGCAGUUCCAUGCUUUGGAGAAGAUCAAAGUGGAUCACAAUGGCAAGCGCAUCAAGGCCUUGCUUAUGGACAAUGUAAAUCCCACAGUGGCUCAGAUCGCAGAGUGCCUGGCAGAUUGGUACAAGUUGGCUCAGACUGUCUAUCUUAAAACACAAAUCCUGGAGAAGGACGUUCGUGAUUGCGAGCGAAAAUUAAAUGGCAUACGAGAUGAACUGUACCACGUUAAAUCGGAGCUAAAACUGGACGUGGACACAAAGACAAUAAACAAUAAUAACCAGCUGGCCAAGAUCGAGGAGCGGAAUCGGUUGAGGGUGAUGCAGCAGCAGCAACAGGAAGUGAUGGCUGUUAUGAGAACCAAUAGCGAGAUAAUAAGUUUGCUUAGCAAACUGGGAAUCGCAAAUGGAGGUCUUGAGAACAGUUAGUCUGGAGAGUCGUGAAAGUGAAAGAGUAUUUUAUUCGCUUUUGUUUACCUUGUAAGUUUACAAUAAAUUUUUGAUUUUAUAUGAAACUUUAAA